AUGGACUUAGCAGCAUCCGAUGUUGACUUGCUAUGCCAACCCACAGGUGCAUUUGUCGAUAUCGAGGACUACCUUCAUCGAAUCAACACCGUCACAGAAGGACCGAAAGACCAAAGUUUGCUACGUGCUUUCGAUGUUGACAGCAACUCUCCACUCCACCAGAGCCGUCAAAAUGGAGAACACAACGGCCGUUGGCGACUCGACGGCAUCGACUGCCAGGGCACCCAAAUCUAUAUUGUCCCUCUCUUCAUCCACCACCCAGCCCCCAAACGCAUCGAUUUGUUCAUCCCGCCCCAGCAUCGCUACUCACCUGGACUCCGUGAAUCCCUCGAUGCCGCAUGGGCAUUCUGCAUCCGCGACUCACGGGUCAACACUCUUGGCAUCGCUGAGUAUGUUAUUACUGCGCUUGAACACUGGACUAAUGCUAUCGGGCCGGAUGCCGUGGAGCGGUUAUGGACCGACGCUCCGUUUGGCAGUCGAUUGGUGCUUGACCGUAUCUCCGCCAGUGUCUUCGACACAACGAUAAGAUUCGUCAAAGAAUUUGACGUUGAGCGGCAGAUGCUUUCGUUUGUACAGCUACAGUCCAUGUGGAAGCUGCCCCACCAGGAUAUCCCUGACCCAAUCAGCUUGGACGAGCUACGGCUGCUCGGACAGCUGCAUGAUACCGUAUCUUUAGUCAUGCUACCAACGAGUGUAGGAGGUAAAAAGGCAAUAUUCAAGAGUUCAUUACAUGACGUCAAGUACAUGUAUCAUGAGCUGAAGUUGCUGCUGACUAUGCGGCCACAUGUGAAUGUGAUGUCAAAGCCUUGGCACCUUGUCACUGUCAAAGAUCGGUACGGUGGUGAUGACAAGACUGUUGGCUUCAUCCUUCCAUUCUAUGAGCAGGGAAACUUAGCAGAUAUAGUAAGCUACAGGAAAGGUUUAGGCACCCUCGAACUGAAAGAUCAGUUCCGAUGGGCAAUGCAGAUUGUUGUGGCACUCAGACAUGUUAAGACAGGACCGGCGAAGUUUUACUCCGAACUCAAAGCGGACAACUUGCUACUUGACAACGACGAUAAUGUGGUACUCAUAGACUUUGAGCAGAUGGGAAACUGGGCCACAUACAGUGCCCCUGAGAUCCACUACGUCGAGUACUGCAAGCGCCUCAGCAAGUCGCCACAUGUGCCAGCUGCGGAGCAGAAACGAUACAAAGCAAUACUAGAGAGCCAUGUCGGUCUCACCCAAGAUCCAGAUCCGACAUACGAUAAUCCUGUCAAUGGAUACUAUACUGCUUGGACAACUCUGACUCCUGAAGAACAAGAAGCUGCUGAAGUGUUCUCUCUUGGUAUGGCUCUUUGGUGUAUCUUUGAAGGCUGUGCCGAUACGCGGAACUCCGUACUCAAAGCAUUCAGAUAUGACUCAGAGCAAGAGUUUCCAGAGUUUUGGAGGUCUCCUAACGCAAUCAGGAAGUUGAUUUACGACUGUACACAAGGAUUCAGGAAUAGUGACCUAGGCAGAACACGAAUAAUCCGGAUCAACGACAAGGUAUAUCCGAGAGGACGCAGCGGCGUCAAUGGUGAGCCAACCGGGACCGCGCUAGAGGCGGCAGUCGCGGCUCAGCAAAUGUGGAAAGAACGAGUCGCAGCCAUGGAGACCUUCUUAGACGCGAAGGCAAGAUGGAAGAGAGGCGAGCGCAACAGGGGUGAUGAGCAAUUGCUAGGCUUCAUGAAUCGGCCAAAGCUGCAAGAAGUCCAGCACAGACUGUUUGAGAUUCAGGCUGGUAUUUCCCAGUAG